CCAUCCACAAAUGAACUACAUAUGUUCAUCUCUAAUUUUCCAUUACAUAGAAAAAAAGAAAAAAAACAAAAAAAACGAGAGAGAGAGAAAAUCCAUUCCAUUUCUCCCAUACAUAUUUGCGCGUGUGUAUGUGCGUGUAUGUAUGUGCUUUCCACUCCCAUACACAAUAUAUUACGUAUCCAAUUUCUGUGUGUCUUUAGGGUGCAAUAUAUUAAGCAAUAGGUGUUGUGUCUCUGCUGCGUAAUAAUAUAUAUAUACACACACAUACACAUAUAUAUAUAUAGAGAGAGAGAAAUGGCCCGUUGCCUGAGCCUGACCGGGUCUGCGGACUUUCUAUACCGGAGCUUCUUCUCAUAUUCGGGGCUCCGAUCGAUGAAAACGGAGAUCCAAGACGGGACGGUGAUGCACUGCUGGGUGCCGAAGAGCCACAAGGCGUCGAAACCGAACCUGGUGCUGGUGCACGGGUUCGGGGCCAACGCCAUGUGGCAGUACGGCGAUCUCCUCCACCACCUGAUGCCGCGCUUCAACAUCUACGUCCCCGACCUCCUCUUCUUCGGGGAGUCGUGGACGCAGCGCCCGGACCGCUCCGAGGCCUUCCAGGCGCAGUGCCUCAUGCGCCUCAUGGAGGCGCACGGGGUGCGGCGCCUCAGCCUCGUGGGGAUCAGCUACGGCGGCUUCGUCAGCUACAGCAUGGCCGCGCAGUUCCCCGAGGCCGUGGAGCGGGUGGUGCUGUGCUGCUCCGGCGUCUGCCUCGAGGAGAAGGAUUUGAAGGAGGGGUUCUUUGAGGUGGCGGAUCUCGACGAGGUGGCCAGCAUUCUGAUGCCGCAGACGCCGGAGAAGUUGAGGGAGCUCAUCAAGUUUGCAUUUGCCAAGCCCGUCAAGGGCGUCCCUUCUUGCUUCCUCUCCGAUUAUAUCGACGUUUUCUGCACAGAAUUUGUCGCUCAAAAAAAGGAACUAAUUCAUGCUUUAACUGCCGACAGAAAGCUCUCCAGUAUUCCCAGUAUUGAACAGCCUACCUUGAUUAUAUGGGGAGAGCAGGAUAAAAUCUUCCCGCUGGAGUUGGGAUACAGGCUCCAGAGGCACAUAGGUGACAAUGCAAGAAUAGAAGUGAUAAAGAAUGCGGGGCAUGCUUUGAACAUUGAGAAACCAAAGGAGUUUGCUAAGCAUUUGAAAUCUUUUCUAAUUGAAAAUAAUUCAAGCCCGAGAUCAAGUUCAAGCUCGUCUUUGAGUUUAAAUUGGAGUUGGAGUUGGAGCUCGAGUUCGAGCUCGAGCUCAAGCUCAGACGCAAAUUCGAAUCCGAAUUCGAAUUACCACCCUUACUCUCUCUCAUCUCUACGACAAAAGAGUUUCUUCUGGACCAGCCCUUGAUAUAUAUAUUCUCUCUCAAAAAUUUGGCAGAUUUGUUAACUGAUAUUGAUCCUGUAAUGCUGACAUAAUCUUUUUCUUUCACAUGUAUACAUAGUCCACUGUAAAUUAUACAGUUUACAUUGAUCUCUAUAAUAAUUUUUCAACGCAUUUUGUUUAA